GGUCAACGGAGCUAAAUCAGCUUGACGACGAUCGCCGUCGUAAAGACUGGUAGCAGCUGAGCAAGUGGAUAUCUCGCUCGCACAAUGGGAGCAAUCAUUCCGAUCUAAUCGGAUCGUCUUCCGAUCUGGCGGUUCCUUGAUACGGCCUGCCGAUGCGUGCGACCAAACUCCCAAAGGAGCGCGGGGGCUUGACGUCGGCGCUUCGACUCGUCCGAGUCGCCACAAGUGCAACAUCGACGGACGUCAACUCAAACUCGCGGCUAUGAAGAGGUACCGACGGUGCCCGAAGUUGUGUAUAUAAAUGUAAAAAAGAAAGCAAAAAGUUAAAAAAAUUACCUAUUUAUUUCCUCAUCGAGAUGGUUUCCAUUAUCAAGAACCAGAUUCUCAAGCACCUGUCAAAGUUCACCAAGAACCUGUCGCUGGACAAGAUCCAGUUGAGCACGCUGCGCGGCCACUGCGAGCUUCGCAACCUGGAGCUGGACGAGCAGGUGCUGACCGAGCUGCUCGAGCUGCCCUCCUGGCUGUGCCUCACGCGGGCAGUCUGCAACUUCCUCACUCUCAAGAUCCACUGGACCAAGCUCAAGUAUGUACCCAUCCACCUAUGCCUGGAUGAGGUGCUGGUUGAAGUGGAGACCUGUGAGGAGUUGCGGCCGCUGCCAGCCAGUAAGCCCAGCUACAGCUCUGGCGGCCGGUAUGGAUUCUCGGAUCGAGUGGUGGACGGCAUGAAGGUUGUGGUGAACUCGGUUGUGAUCAACUUCCAGUCCGCGGCGUUCCAGGCCUCCUUUCAGCUGUCGCGGGUGGUGCUGGACAGCCGGACCCCCCGGUGGGAGGCGGGGGACCUGAGGCUGUGCCGAAUCAAGAGCCAGGACCAGGGCGAGAUCCUCAUCUUCAAGCAGCUCGAGUGGCAGAUGCUGCGGCUGGAGGCCCGCAGCCGUGGGCCGGGGGCCCCCGCACCCCUCAGGCUCAUCACCAACGGGGCGCGCUGCCGCAUCGUGCUCAAGAAGCGCCUGGCCGACUGCAGCAUGGUGGCCAGCCGCCUGGUCCUGAUCCUCGACGACCUGCUGUGGGCUCUGACAGACGCGCAACUGGUGGCGGCCAUCCACCUGUGGCACUCGCUCAGCGUGCUGGUGCGCCGCUCGGCCGCUCAGCGCCGGCGUGCCGCACCCCCUCCCGCCGAGCCGGCCCCCCGGGGUGCCCCGCCCCGCACGCAUAGCCCCUUGGUGGAGUUCUUCAGGCACCACGAUGUGCUCGAGACCUCGUACCAUCUGUUCUGCACCCGUAUCGACCUCCACCUUUGUGACGACAUGGACCCCAAGGAGACCCGGUCCAGCUGGCCACCCCUCCAGGGUGGGGGGGCGCUGCAGGUGGUCCUAGAAAAGCUUUUGGUCGACUACUACCCCUUCCACGGAGUCGCGAGUCCCCGUGCCCAGUGGCUCAAGUACAGCGAGCCAUCGUCUGGCCGUCAGGCCUGGGUGCAGCAGCUUCUGUCCCGGUGGGCGGAGGGCAGCCGACACGCUGUGUUGCAGAGGGCGCCACCGCACGGCGCCACUCCGCCCCAGGACGGCGGCGGCAGCCCCUCCUCGAACCAGUUGGGCGACUGGCGCUGCCUCAUGUCCAGCUGCCUCCUGGUUCGCCUCGAGGAGUUCGCCAUGCAGCAGGUGUGCACCUCGGGCCGGGGCGCGCGCCGGCGCUUCCUGGCCUCUGAAGGCGCCACGGUGCUGCUUCCCGGCGAGGCGCUCCACCUGGAGCUGACCUACUACUACCCGCGGCCGGGCAGCUCGCCCACGGCCAACCACAGCAGCCCGCCGGGCCUGUCGCCGAGCUCCCAGCCCGGGAGCGUGCCCGAGCCCCACCUCUUCGCCCACCUGGGCCCCAUGGCCCUGAGGGUGGAUCUCACCACCGUGCUCUGGGCACAUGCCUUUCUGCACAGCGUGCGCAAAUGCACGGAACACCUGACGUGCACCAACGGAGUUACGCCAUUGGCUGUAAGACUGGAGCUGAUCCUUCCCAAGGUGGUGCUUCCCCAGUUCGACCGGGAGCGGCCCCUGUGGGCAGAGGACGGGCUGCGGGAACUGCACCUGGCGACCUCCCGGGCAAUCGCCACCAACUGCCCCUCGACGGGCACCAACCUGGGGCCGUGCCUGGAAGCCCUGGGGGCGGGCCCCCUUUUCUUCGAGACCGCCCAGUUUCCCUGGAGGCCCCAGGACCCGCCCCCCGUGGCUGACCGCUUCUUUCGAGAGUCUACCGGAACGGAGGAGGCGCUGUGGUCUCUGCACCUGGACCCCUGCUGGGCGGAGUUUGUGGAGUACCCGGGCAACCGUCCAAGGGCCUUUGUGGAGCCGCUGCCCCUGACGUUGUGGCUGUGGCCCUCAGGUGGCAGCGCCCAGCUGCUGCUGCACGUGCACUCAGACCUCCGCAUGCAGCUCGGCCUGCACGAGUACACCUUCCUGCUGCGCCUGGUCAGGGCCUUCACCUGCCUCCAGGAGCAGGCCAGCAAAGACCGCCUGUCCAUCCUGGGUCCCGGCGGAGAACCCCGUGGCAGCGUGAGCCUCACGGCGCUGUGGCCCCGCGUAGAGGUGGGUCUCCUGCUGGCCCUCAACCAGUCCCUAGGGGCGAGUCGGGGAGGCGGGGACGGUUCCCCGCCGGACUCGGACCACCAGCCGGACUCGCCGGCGGAGGCACCCACGGAGAGCUCGGCCCCGAGUUCGGGCACGAGUUCAUCGCCCCGGCGGCAGUCCGCCCAGGGACUACCCCCCGUGGCGACCCCUCCCGGAUUCACGCUGGGAGAAUCCGUUCCGAAGGGGGGACCCUGGAUGCUGCGAAAGGGACUGGCGUCUUUCGUGGCGGGCAUCGACUCUGUCUUGGCAAGGGGCGCAGCAGACGGCGAAGCAGACUCGUCGCUGGCAGACGACGACAGCGUUUCCCUGCGGAGCGACCUGUCGUCGGACUCGGAUCAGCUCCUGCUGGCCGGAGCGGGGGUCCUCGACGAAGUGCUUGGACUCCGUUCUCGCGCCGACCUCGCGCCGGAGUUGGCCCAGGAGGCGACCGAGGAGGAGCGCCUGGCCACCCUGGCCAUGGAUGCGGCUUGGCCCCGCAUGCGGAGUGCCAGCAAUGCGUCGAGCCGGUCGUGCGUGGCGAUCGGCCUGCACGACCUGCAGCUGGUGGCGUGGGCUUCCCCGCACGGCGCGUCCGUGUUGGUGCAGAGCCAGCACCUUACCUUGGAGGAGAAGCAGCUGCACGGUGCUGGGCCUCGGGGCGGGGACGCCGGGGAGCGCUGCCUGCUGAGCCUGCGCUGGGACUGGCCCCCCGGUGGGGUCGGGGCCCAGGUCAGGGCCCUGGUCAGGGACCUGGCGGUGCGGCUGAGCCCCGCUGCCCUCGGUGGCCUGGCGCAAAUGGCCCAGGAGGAGCCUCCCGCCAGGGCUGUCCCCAUGCGCCUGCUCCUGCACGGCCUCAGCGCCACCCUCUUGGAGGAAACGGAAAAUGGCGGGGAGCGUCCCGACGGUCUGCUGGUCAAGGUACCUCAGUGCCUGGUGGACAGGACAGCACUUGGCGCUGUCUACCUGCUGCCCACGGGAUGUGGGUCCCUUCCGGAAGCGGUGGAGCAGCUUCUGUGGCGCAGCGGAGAGCCCCACACGUCGGGAGAUGCCCGGCCGGAUCUCAGCGGUCUGCUCGAGGAGAACGAGCGGCUUCGCCUGCGGCUUAGUCAGCUGCAGGUUCUGCAGAGGGAGAACGACCUGCUCAGAGAACAGGUCACGCAGCUGGAGAGCAACAGCGCGGGGGAGCGCCAGGAACUGCAGGACCAGCGCGAAGAAGUCAGCCGGCUCGAGCAGGAAAAGCACUCGCUGUUGGCAACGCUGCAGCUGCUCCAGGAAGAGCUCAGCCGCCUGGAACGUUCCUCGGGGUGCGACCCCUUCUGCGGGGCCGCCUCCUCUUAGUCACGGGGACGGUGCACGGGACGCGUCUCUGACCCGCGCGCUUACCGCGUCGCCACUUCGGGAUCGCUUUCUUCGCGUGGACGGAACGGUGCGCCAGACGCAGCGGUCGGAGACACGUUCCGGGCACCGCGGUCGCGGGACUUAGUCACGGGACUCGGCAAUAAACCUCCCCUCCCCCGCGACGGCGGGGCGGGGGGGCACCACUCAGGCGACCGACGCCUACUUAGAGUUGCGACGUAGGAACCGGGCACGCGGCGUGCGUGCGCGCGCUUGUUUUAGGGACACUGUUAAAAAUGGGGAGGUCGGAGAGGGGGAUCUGUGCGAAGCCGCUCGCGGUCGCGUCCCGUCUACGGCAGUGCGUUUUUUUGGAAGGUGCCAAGGGGGGGCAGGGCGGCGUUUAUCGCGGGCUUCCCACAUGCAAUAUUAACCGACGAAAACCAGACGACUGCGCUUGUCUUCUAGCCUAGAUUGUUGAUCGGCGGAGGAAGUGGAGGGGGGACGUCGAACAAGUUUUUCCUAGUGGCAGCUCACCCGUAUUACUAGUUUGGACGGCACGUACCAAACAAAAAGGAAACCAGCAAUUUUUUCCUCGCAGCUGUUGUUGUUGUUGUUGUUGCUGUUGAUGUGGCCUAGAGGGUCUGUUGCCGGAAAGAAAACGAAAGCUCUGUGUCUGUAUGGCAGUGUGCUGCAUCCGCUAAGUUUGUGCAAUGCGUGUGAUCCAACCCACGGUGUUCCACCCACCUCAACUUUUCGAAGUCGCCGCCGCGUCUUCGGGCAGCAGCAGUUCGAAGUCGCCUUGUCUAUCGGGCUCCGGCACGGCAUUCCUGGCACUGCACCGGCGAGCAUGCAAGCUAGCUACGUCACUCUUGUUGAUUUGUUGACGAAUUUUUUUUACUCGCUGUGAGAGCCUUUAACUGCGCCUCUGUUGCGAUACUACACCGACUCAAUGCCUCCCGCACCUGGCAAACAUUUGAAUGACUUGUUUUGUAGAUGAGGUAUGAAUAAAUGACCACCAAUGGUGAAGCAAUA